UUAAGUGGCUCGUUUCUACCAUCCAAACAUCAUCUUCUAAACACAUCAGUGCUCUCCACUGCUGAAAAAAUGAAAAACCUGAUCUUGGUCGCUCUGAUCCUUCAGCUGGUGAUCACAGUAAAUGUGAUCAAUGCAACGUUCGAAUUUGGAGACAUUCUAGCAUUUCUCAGAGCAUGUGGACGAAAAGAAGGUGUGUACAAGCACUAUGCUAUCUAUGUGGGCCCAAGCAAUGAGACAGAUGUCGGCCAAGGUGAUAAUGACAUAUUUCACCUCAAAGUUUGUAUAGGCCCAGUUUGUCAAUACCAGUUUGAUACACUUGAAGCGACAAAAGGAGAUUCACCAGUGGAAGUGGAGAAUUACUUUGAUACGACUGAUGGCAUGGGACCAGGAACCAGAGAAGAGAUCAUGAAGCGAAUCAAGGACAGCAAAGGAAACUGUCAACUAUAUGGACCCUUAAAUAAAAACUGUGAGCACUUUGCUACCUGGGUGCGCUAUGACAAGCCUACUGCUAAGCAGAGUGGCACAUUCGUUGAACCUAUUUUUAGACUAAAUGCGUUUGUAAGGGAAAUAAUGGCAGAAUUAAGUCGGCACUUCAUGAACGAGCUGUUGUGUUUCCUUGCCGGAUAACAAGUAUCUCACCAGAGAAUCCUGUCAGCCUGUCUUGCUCUCCUCUGUACUUUCCUCCUGAUGUGAGGUCUUGUUUGAAAUAAAAAAUAAUG